AUGGCGGACGCCGACGUGGCGCAAUUAUGCAAGAAGCUGGAGGAGCUCGAAAUGGCCGUGCACAAUGCGCGCGAAGAGGCGAAGGCGAAGGCGCAGAAGGCGGAAGAGUUGCAGAAGAGCCUGGCGGCGGCGGAGGAGGACAACAGCGAGCUGCAGACGGGGUGGGCGGAGCUCAACCGCCAGAGACUGGAGGCCGAGGAAGCUGCGGGCAAGCUCAAAUCGGAAACGGCGCGGCUGGAGAAGGAGGUGGAGGAGCGCCACAUGGAGGCGGUGCGGCUGCGCGCCGAGGUGGAGGAGGGCAGGCGCGCCAUGGAGGAGAGCAAGAAGGCCGCCGUGAUGGCGGCGCGCGAGCGCAAGGCGCGCGAGCUGGAGUGGGUGUCGCAGAUCAGCCGCCUGCAGUCCGCCGCCCAGACCUCCUCCAUGGCCAAACUGCAGCUCGUCGCUGAGUCAGCGAGCAGCAAGCAGAAGGUGGAGCGGCUGGAGGAGGAGAAGAAGGCUGUGGAGAGGCAGAGGGACCGCCUCGACGAGGAGAAGCGCGCGCUGCAGCAGCAGCUCAAGGACCUGCAGGAGCGAACGACAGCGCCGGCGGCCGGGUCAGCAGCGACGGACGAGGCGCUGCAGAAGGCACAAGCCGACCUGGCAGCAGCGCAGAAGGCAGUGGAGGAGGAGAGGCAGGCGGGCGAGGAGGCAGUGGCGCAGUGCGGUCAGCUGGAGGAGCAGUGCCGCGACCUGGAGGAGCAGCUACGGCAGGCGCAGAGCAAGCUCAAGGAGGCCAAGGACGCUGCGCAGGAGAACGGCGCCCAGGAUAGCGCCAUGCUCGCGAUGCUUAAUCUUCCCGAGAGUGAUGCGAGGGUACAGCUGAUGGAGGCAUUGGCCAGUCUGGAGCAAGAGAAGAAGAAGGCGAACUCAUUCUGCAUGCAGCAGAUCGAGCUGCGAAUCAAGACCAAGAAGCUCCAGGAUGAGCUGCGGGCGUCGGACGUGCCAGCGCUGAAGCUGGAGGUGGCGAGCCUGCAGGACGAGCUCUCUCACGCCAAAGCGCUCCUUGAUAAAGCGGAGGAGGAGAAGGAGGAGCUGCUGGGCCGACUCCAGGAGGCAGAGGCGGUGGGCAACAGUGCGAUGCAGGCGGAGGUGGAGCAUGUGCGUGGGGAGAACAACAUGCUCCUGCAGCAGCUUGACAUGUUGGCGAUGCAGUUCGACCAGGAGAAGAACCUCAUCCACGCCCACAUGGCGCAGAAGGAGGAGGAGGUACAGGACAUGAAGCUGCGCCUGGCAGACGAGCGGCAGGAGAGGGAGGAGGUGGAGCGGCGGUUGGAGGAGAGUGAGCGGCGGCGCGAGGCGGUGCAGGGGGAGGUAGAGGCGAUGGAGCAGCAGGCGUUCAAGAUGCGGCAGAGCCUGGUGCACAUGCAACGCCAGAUCACUGAGGCGGAGCACUCAUCAAGCCGGCUGUAUCUGGAGACGCUGGAGGAGCAGCGCAGCAAGGUGGCGCAGCUGGAGCAGCAGGUGGCGGAGAAGGGGCAAGCGGAGCAGCAGCUGCAGCAGCUGCAGGCCGCCAUGGCUGCUGCUGAGGCGCAGAUGAAGGAAAGGGAGGUGCAGCUAUCAGCAGAGCUGGCCUCAAACAAGGCAGCCAAAGAGGCGCUACAGCAGCAGCUGGAGGAGGUUCGGUCACACCACUUGACAUGGGAGCGCGAUCGAUGCUCACUGCUGGAAGCCUUGAACAAGGUGGGUGUGCGGGACCCACGCAAGCCAACGCACGUGUUGCGGCUGCGGCAGAAGGGCACGUACACGUGUGCGCAGUGCCUCGCACUGGGCCGUGGCAUGGCGUGGAAGUGCACUGCCCGGGACUGCGGGGACUUGAUGCACCCCGACUGCUUGCUGCACCGCUAG